CUUUGCAAGUGGGGAAUUUAUCCCAAGAUGUGCCUCUAAGAUCUGGGGAGGAAAGAAAGGCAACAGAGGAUAAGAAUUACAAGGUGUGGGGGAGGGUGGACCUGCCUCUCAUACCGUCUCGGCAGAUUCUUACUCCCUGGAUGCUAUAGUAGCAGACGGCUGGGCUAGUUUCUGGGGUGGGGGUGGAUGUUUCCAGGGCUAGAGGGAUGAGUGGGCUGGGAUUGAAGACUAGAGUGUUGAUGUAUGUGCUUCAGGGGUGUAUUUAUGAGGAGGUAGUGGCGAGGGGAGGUGUAGAGGGGCGUGGGAGAAGGGUUAUGGAGGGAGGGAGGGUAGAAGAUGCGCGGUGUAGGCAGGCAGGUUGCGUGCUGCGGGCCGCUCUGGAGAGCCAUUGCAGACCCCGCGAGUCUGCGCCAGCAGCCACUACCUCGCGCCUUCCCCACCCCUCUGACCUGGUCUCACCUUGUCCUAGCUGACCUCUCACCUCCUGCAGGCGCGGCAUGUGCAGGUGACCUGCCUUGGAGCGUGGGUAGGCCGGCAGGAGUGAGAUUACUGGCGCCCUGGACACUAGCGGGCCGUCGACGCUCCGUUUCCAGUCGCUAGCGGGCACAGCAUUUGCAUAAUAUUUAUUGUGUGGGGAGCUAGAGCACGACCCUCUUCUCCAAUCCCUUCCCCAGGUGCAGUGAAGCAGUGUUAGUUCAGUGUUACUUCCCACGAGUGACGACCACAGGGGUGACCCUAGCCACACCUAGCCCUCUGGAAUAUAUCAGUGUAAACCUUGGCUGGCUACCUGUGUUGUGCUGCAAGAGCUUGAGACCUUCCUCUUGGUGGGGCUAACACCCCCCCUCAACCUCAUCUCACCUCCUUGGUGACUCCAAGAAUUUCAGGAUAUUAAAAAGAAUUAAUAGAGCGCGUCUCCUGCACCGGUGAACCUCCCUAAGAUGGUGUGGAGGUAAUGUGGUGGUGGUGAGGAUGGUGGGCGGGAGGCGACAGUGAGGGGCGUGGGCGGCAGCGUGGGCGGCAGCGUGGGCGGCAGGUGGUCUACAACCUCCCACCACCAGCGGCAGGAGGGCGACCUAUCCUGGCAGGAUGGGUAACAAGCUAUCCUGCUCGUGUGCCCCACUCAUCAAGAAGACAGGAUACCGCUAUGAGGAUUCACCUUGGAAUCCUGCCCGUAGGAGGGACGGACAUCUCCUCAGGUUAUGGGCAGAGGUGUUCCACGUGUCAUCGUCAGGUUCAGGUACCGUCAAGUGGCAGCAGGUGUCAGAAGACCUGGUUCCUGUCAACAUUACCUGUAUCCAGGACACGCCGGAGUGUGUCUUCCACAUUACUGCUUACAACUCACAGGUCGACAAGAUACUGGAUGUACGACUCAUCCAGCCAGGUACCAGGAUCGGACAAGCGUCAGAAUGUUUUGUCUACUGGAAGGACCCGGCCACCAGCGAUACCUGGGGACUCAACUUCACCUCUCCUAUAGACGCAAAGCAGUUCCGAGAAUGUUGCGUGAGUACCCAUGUGUGUGGGAGAACUUUGGUGUGUCUGGGACUUAUUUGGUAUGUGUGUGGGGACUUGUUUGGGUGUGUGGGGACUUAUUUGGUGUGUAUGGGACUUAUUUGGUAUGUGUGUGGGGACUUGUUUGGGUGUGUGGGGACUUAUUUGGUGUAUCUGGGACUUAUUUGGUAUGUGUGUGGGGACUUAUUUGGUGUAUCUGGGACUUAUUUGGUGUAA